AAGGUGAAGACUUUAACCAAUCAGAAAACGUUAUUUAAAACGUGGUAGCAGUAAACAAACGAGACUAACAGAUUUUAGUGUGAUUUCGAACGCGAUGGGGGGCGCAUGCUAAUUUUGUCCGCGAUCUUUUAAAGAACCAAAAUAAAAGUUAGGUUACUUGUCAAUUACCAGUCACCAUUGUGAUAUAACCUCAAAAAUAGUAAACUUAUUAUUUAAUAAGUUAAAUAAGAAGAUUAUUUGAAUUAAAAUUAUUCACCUGUAAUAGUAAACAAGAAAAUUAACUGGUUCCUGAUCCAAUUAAUUCAGUAUACCAUUCCGAAGAAUUAUUCCAAUCCAAUCAAGAAUCUACAGAUAGAGAACUUCAGUAAUCUACAAAAAUGUCUACCAUGUGGCAGAAAUGAAGUCAGCGGUGAUCCGACAUUAUGAUCACUUAUCAGGGAGAGGAUGUUAUCGAUUUCUCAAUCCAAAACACGCAGCAAUUACUGCGGCAAUAUAUGCCUUGAACAUCUCCAUUUUAGUAGUUUUGAUUUACAGUUGGAGAAUUAGUGUUAAUAUGAAGAAAGUUAUCAGUUUAGAAGAUGUUUAUUAUGGCGUACAGAUAGCGUAUUUUGCUAUUAUUGGGACGCAGCUUUUCAUGUUGUUGCUGAGCAUAGUACUUCUAUUCGGAAUUUAUAAGCUUUUGCGAUUGUUCGUUCAGGAAAAGCGAGGACCAGGACGAUGUCGCAUAGCGUCGUUGUGUUGUUCUUUUAUCCCCUAAGCCCAAAGCUUUUACGGAAAACGUCUGCCGAUACAACAAAGUGUUUGUCCAAUCUGUAAUCUGUGCGUCGUUGGACAUCAACUAAAUGGUUCUAGAAA